GAUCCUAUUUCGGUAUAAAGGAAAGGGUAGCGCCGUUACGCACCCACUUCAAGAAAGCCAAAGUCAUUUGCAGAUUUGUGUGUGUACUACCUCCAGUAAAUAUGAGGGAAAUCGUGCAUCUUCAAGCUGGACAGUGCGGUAACCAGAUUGGUGCCAAGUUUUGGGAGGUGAUCAGUGAUGAGCAUGGUAUUGACCCAACUGGUACUUACCAUGGUGACAGUGACCUGCAGCUGGACAGGAUCAAUGUCUAUUACAAUGAAGCCUCUGGUGGUAAAUAUGUCCCUCGCGCUGUGCUUGUGGAUUUGGAGCCAGGCACCAUGGACUCUGUGAGGUCCGGACCUUUUGGCCAGGUCUUCAGGCCAGACAACUUUGUUUUUGGCCAGAGUGGUGCUGGCAACAACUGGGCCAAGGGUCACUACACGGAAGGUGCAGAGCUGGUGGACUCUGUCCUGGAUGUGGUGAGGAAGGAGGCUGAGAGCUGCGACUGCCUACAGGGCUUCCAGCUCACACAUUCUCUGGGUGGUGGUACAGGCUCCGGUAUGGGUACCCUGCUUAUCAGCAAGAUCCGUGAAGAAUACCCCGACCGCAUCAUGAACACCUUCAGUGUGGUGCCUUCCCCAAAAGUGUCAGACACAGUUGUUGAGCCCUACAACGCCACACUAUCAGUCCACCAGCUGGUCGAAAACACAGAUGAGACCUAUUGCAUUGACAAUGAGGCCCUGUACGACAUCUGUUUCCGUACCCUCAAACUUACAACCCCCUCAUACGGUGACCUCAACCACUUGGUGUCUGCAACCAUGAGCGGCGUCACCACCUGCCUCAGGUUCCCUGGGCAGCUCAAUGCUGACCUGCGCAAGCUGGCUGUAAACAUGGUGCCAUUCCCUCGUCUGCACUUCUUCAUGCCAGGGUUUGCCCCCCUCACAAGCCGAGGCAGCCAGCAGUACAGAUCACUCACUGUGCCAGAGCUCACCCAGCAGAUGUUCGAUGCCAAGAACAUGAUGGCCGCCUGCGACCCCCGUCACGGCCGCUACCUGACGGUGGCUGCCAUCUUCCGUGGCCGCAUGUCCAUGAAGGAAGUGGAUGAGCAGAUGCUGAAUGUGCAGAACAAGAACAGCAGCUACUUUGUUGAAUGGAUCCCCAACAACGUCAAGACUGCCGUCUGUGACAUUCCUCCUCGUGGCCUCAAGAUGGCUGCCACUUUCAUCGGCAACAGCACCGCCAUCCAGGAGCUGUUCAAGCGCAUCUCAGAGCAGUUCACUGCUAUGUUCAGGCGCAAAGCUUUCCUCCACUGGUACACUGGCGAGGGUAUGGAUGAGAUGGAGUUCACUGAGGCUGAGAGCAACAUGAAUGACCUGGUGUCUGAGUACCAGCAGUACCAGGAUGCCACUGCUGAGGAAGAGGGAGAGUUUGAGGAGGAGGGCGAAGAGGAACUGGCCUAAAUUUAUUGUGUAAUUGUUCUUCCAAAGUUCCACUGUUCAGCUUUUCAUUUGUAAACCUCUUGUCUUUUCACGUUUUCUGUGUUCUGAAUAAAAGUUCCACAGCAUAAUUCAA